GGAGCGGGCGGGCGGGCGGGCGGGCGGCCAGGAGCUGCAGCGGCUGCCACGUGAGCGCACAGCCGGGGCUGCGCCGCGCCGCGCCGCCCGGGACGCCAAUGCCGGGCCGGCGGCGCGCGGGGCUUGCUCAUGAGGCCUCUGCCGAGCCGAAGGAGGAAGAGCCACGGCCUCUCGCUGGGAGUCUUCGCCCUCUGCUUGGCCGCUGCCCGCUGUCUGCAGAGUCAGGGCGUGUCCCUGUACAUUCCCCAGGCAGCCAUCAAUGCCACGGUGGAAGAGGACAUCCUGCUGUCGGUUGCAUACUCCUGCCACGGCAUCCCCACUAUCGAAUGGAAGUAUACGUCCAACUGGGGAGUGCAGAAGAUCGUGGAGUGGAAGCCAGGGACUCAGGCCAACAUCUCCCAAAGCCACAAGGACAGGGUCUGCACCUUCGACAACGGCUCCAUCCAGCUCUUCAGUGUGGGUGUGAGGGAUUCUGGCUACUACGUCAUCACGGUGACCGAGCACCUGGGGAGCAGUCAGUUUGGCACCAUCGUGCUGCACGUGUCGGAGAUCCUCUAUGAAGACCUCCACUUUGUCGCUGUCUUCCUUGUUCUUCUCGCUGCCGUGGCUGCAGUGUUAAUCAGCCUCAUGUGGGUUUGUAAUAAGUGUGCGUAUAAAUUCCAGAGGAAGAGAAGACACAAGCUCAAAGAAAGCACAACAGAGGAGAUCGAGCUGCAAGAUGUGGAGUGUUAGCCAAGGCUGGGCCCAGUUACAUUCCUACCUCAAGAGGAAAACGUUAUCUCCCAACGAAAGGAGCAAACAGGCCAGUCCACCCCGAGCCUCUGUGCCACACACUGGUUCCUGAUGGGACAGCUGGAUGUUGGCAAGGUUGACUGCCUGAGCUGGACUCUGGAUUGGACGAAGGCAGUUCCAGUGGCAUGGAGUUCAAAGAGGAGAGGGGUGGAGGCUCUGAGCCAGAGCUGUGCUUGGCCGCGGCUCCCGGGCCAUGCGGACGCAUCAGCGGUGGCCCCGUGCAGGCCCUGGCUGCUUCCUCACUACGCUCUGCUCUGGCGGGGUGAUGGCCAUUGGAGGGGUCCCCGUACCAGAGGCCAGAGUAUUUCCGAAUCACGUGUGCAGCCAGCACCACAAGCAGCUCUCUGUGCUCCGGUCUUCUCUGCCUGUGGCCUCCUCCAACCCGUUGCUGUGGGAGCUAUUGUGAGAGCUGAGGCAUUAGAGCACCUGCUUAGAGCAGGGGAAGGACCCCCCCCCCCACUCCGUGGCCUGGAGCUGAGUUUAAUUUGUUCCACGGGGACCAGCAUUGGGAACAAGGAAUAGGGAGAAAAUUAUCUUUCUCGUUCUCUCUUACUCCAAUGUUCAUUAGAUUUUCCCCUUCUACGGCCCCAGCGUAGGCCAGUGUGAGGAACAGUUCAUCUCCACCAUGGGCAGAGUCUGGCUUCCAAAUGGCCUCCUGACAAGCUGGGUGACACUACCUGUGUGAAGGCUGGGCCUGCACGGUGGGAGGGACAACUGGAAAGUCAGCGCGGGCUUCGAAUCUGUCCCCCUCAGCCACUCACACUUCCUGUCAAGUCAGAGCCUUGCUUGCUGCCAACCGGGCUGAGGAACACUGGACCCUCACCUACCUCACCCUCAGCGUAUCAAGUGAGGCCCACAGUAGCACAGAGCGCUCCGAGCAACGGAAGGAAAGCACGAGGACUCUUCCAGAGCCUAGAAAGCAAUAAGCACUAUGUUGAGUCCUGGAAAAUGUAAAAUACCCUGGGGUAUUGGGGCUCCAGGGGAAAGUGGGGACUGGAUCACAGCCGGCCUUGGUCGUUAUUCUCUGAAGUUGUUGGCCACCGCGUUUGCCUGAGUUUCUCCAUCCCAGCUUCCUUUCGGCAAGCUCUAAAGCAGGCGUGAAUUUAUCUUCCAUUCUCUUUUCCCUCUCCAACAUUCUUAGCUACAGAUCAAAGGUACCAUCCCGAUUAUUGGUGGAAUUUGAGCUUAGUAGCUGUGUCCCCAGCCCUCAGCUGCAAAUUUACCCACACAAACAUGAAGGAGAGCCAGAACAUUCUCUUCUCCCUCUCUUCAAGUCCCCAAUAUCCACAUCUUUUCCAGAAGUUACCUGGAGGCGUUAGUAUGAGGCUUUUUUCCCUGAAUACUGAAUCCGGGGUUACAGGAAGGGAUCUUUUGGGGCUAUCAGUGAUCUAGAGCAGAGCUCCAAAGGCACUACUUGACUCAGAAGGUGAGAGAGCAGUUGAUCUACACGACCGAUUCGUAGCCUAAGUAUGUGACACACAGAAGGGUCUCACCUCAGGCCACCUCCUGGACACAUGUGUAAACACACACACCUGCACCCUUUUCCCUGGACAGCAAUCAGAGGAACCAGACCUAUGCCACGAAGGAUGGGUUUCUUAUACUGGUCUCCAGUGCCGGGAAGAAGCAGGAUAGGUGCCAGAGAGGGUCAAGGAUAAUCUGAUCAUUUCUUUGUCCUUUAUCACACAGCACACCCAUCAGCAGGAAACCGGACUGGAUCUGGGUAGCUGCUAGAGCCUCUGUCCUCUUGACACUACCUGCUUUCCAGAACUCUACCUCUCAGCUUAUGAGAAGUCAGGGGUGGUAAUCUUUGGAAUAAAAGGAGAAAUGGAAAAGAACACCCAGCGAGAGGCACAAACCCAGAUGUAAAUUAAAUCUGUGCCCCGCCCCGCCCCAAAUCUUCAUGGAAGUUUAUUCGCUCAGCUUUCCGUGUCUUUAUUUUGCACUUUUAAGCUCCCCCCAUCUUGAAUAUUCCUGUGGAAAGUUCUUGAUUCUUGAGCCUGGGGGUUUUGUCUAUUUAAAAAAAAAAGAAAAUGUUAAAUCCUAGAGGUUUAGCCACUGAACAUGUUAAACUAUAAGUUAUGUUUCAAGCUGUGAGGAGGAAAAAAAAAAAAGUUUUAAAGACUGAAAUAAAGCCUGCAAACAAAGCUCUGGCCCUUUGUGUGUGAGCCCAUCCCUGCGGAGAACUCAGAGGCCCUGGGAGAGGUUUCCAUCAGCUGUAGACAGAAGCCAAACCCUCAGCCACAGCCAGGGACCUGACAGGUUUUUUUCAUGACAAUGGAAUUAAUCACAUUGAUUGUAACCAUAAACAUUCUUCAGCAAUUCAGAAAAGCCACACUUCAUUAGCGCCAUUAUUCUCCCCUGUAUUGUAACCAGAAGACUAAUUUGAAGUUCUUCCUUCCGGAAUGUGACUUGUGAUUUAAUAGAGUCCUUCCUGCUUCUAGAAGGGGCUGAAACGAGGAUGCGGCAGUUGUUAUCACCUCAUUCAACGGAGGCCAGAACUUUCGUGCUUUGUCGACAGAAUGUCCUUUCAGAGAUUGUGAUCUAAGAAACCCAAAAGGGACACACAGUUCUUUCUCAUUUCAUGGUGUUCCAGGUAUGCAAGGAUUGCUGAAACAAAGCACCCCUGUCCUCUGGAGCCCGCAUGAGAUGCUAAAUACUCCACAAGACUUCACGCUUGCUCUGAUUUGAAAUGGUACCACACAAAGCUGAGGAGCUAAGGCAGUGAGAGAUAAGAAGGUUACCAGGAUAUCUUGCUCAGUGCAGGGAUGUAGAGACAAGCCCUGAGAGAGGAUAGGGUUUGGAAAGGCUAGAUAACUGUAAUGAGGACAGAGAAGACGUGGCAGAAUAGAAUGUUAGGAGAUGGAACCAAGAGGAACCAAAUGUGAUGGGGUGAAACCCCAGGGCCCAGAUGCAAAUACAGCCCCCUUUGACAACAGGGGAGGGGAGACUGGGGGAAGGGAAACCCUCUCUGUCAUCAGCCUUUAUAUAUCCAGCAUGUUUCUUCGCCCAGUUUCCAGGGAAGCCUCAGACGCCUCUAGUUUACUGAAAGCAGAGCAAAUUCCUGUGGUAGUUGAUAGUGUGUCGAUCCAGAGCUCAGCUUCUAUUAAGGGACAGUGUGAGUCUCCAGCACAUGCACCUCUCUGCACACCCAUAACCCAUCCCCACUGUCAACUUUUCCAAACCCUGAGAACAUGGGUACUGAGUCCACUAUUUCCACUGCCUUUUAUUUUAUUUUAAUUUUUUAUUAAAUUUUUUUAUUGGAGUGUAAUUGAUUUACAAUGUUGUGUUAUUUUCAGGUGUACAGCAAAGUGAAUGUUAUAUAUCAGUUAUAUAUAUAUAUAUCUCCAUUGUUUUUCAGAUUCUUUUCCCAUAUAGGUUAUUAGAGAAUACUGAGUAGUGUUCCCUGUGCUAUACAGUAGAUCCUUAUUAGUUAUCUAUUUUAUAUAUAGUAGUGUGUAUAUGUUAAUCCCAAUCUCCUAAUUUAUCCCUUCCCCCCAUGUUUCCCCUUUGGUAACCAGAAGUUUGAUUUUGAGAUCUGUGAGUCUGUUUCUCUUUUGUGUCAUUUUUAAAUUAGAUUCUACAUGUAAGUGAUAUCUCCACUGCCUUUAUUUAUUUUAAAAAAUAUUUAUUUAUUUAUUUAUUUGGCUACGCCAGGUCUUAGCUGCAGCACGCGGGAUUUUUAUUUGCAGCAUGCGAACUCUUAGUUGCGGCACGUGGGAUCUAGUUGCUCCCUGACCAGGGAUCCAACCCGGGCCCCCUGCAUUGGGAGUCUUAGCCACUGGACCACCAGGGAAGUCCUUCCACUUCCUUUUCAACAUUAGGUGGGUGUUUGGUUUAAUUACAAAGGGGAUGAAUCGUUCUUUAAAAUUAAAAUGAUAUUGGAGUCCAUAUAUAAAGUAAAAAGUAAAAGUUCUCUCUCCUUUUUUCCUAUGCAAUAGUUAAAUUCGGGUGUAUCCUUCUAGACUUGCUCACGCAUAUAUGGAAAUAUCUGUCUAUAUAUACAUGGACCACAAUAUACAUAUUUAAUCUAUUUUCUUUUUAGGCAAAUGGGAUUCUAUUAUACACAUUACCCUACAACUUGCUUGUUCUCCCUUAAUGUUACUUGGGCAUUAUUUCAUGUCUCUGCCUAUUCCUAAAUAUUCUUAUUGCCUCCACAAUGCAAUUCAUAGCAUGGAUACAUUGUAAUUGUUCACUGAAAAAUUUUAUUUCAAAUGGUAUAUACAAAAAUAAAUAUCUUGGGCAA